AUGUACACAAACGAUCGAGCGCUCGAGAUGACUUCGUUCUCCGUGAAGGAUAUUCUUAACCUGCCCGAGAACGGUUUAUGUUUGUCCAAGAGCGAAACUAGCCAAGAAUCGACGAUGAAUUACCAGUGUCUUGACGGAAAUACUCGUAGUUCUUCAUGUGGCCCUGUAGUGUGUAAUCAAACCCAAGAGGCUUCAUAUACAAGUAAGGAUGGACUUGAUUUUGUAUCUUUGAUCGAGCGAAAUGUAAACCUGCAAACUUCUUGAAGUGCUAAACUUAAUAGAUGGUGAAAUACGCGGCGCGAGUCUUGAGAGGCUUAGUCUGCAGAGUUUGAAACACAGAUAAAGAAAUUUUAAGCACGCAAUUCGAUUUCUUUCCCGGCAAAAAUAAACCCGUGAUUUUUCUGUUCCAGGGUACAAUUAACCAAACGAAGAACAAAUGACUAAACUGUAAAACUAUUAUUGUGAGUGUUUUUGGCUUGGAGUUCUUGAGGGUAUUUUGUUUGUGCCGCGUGUAGAGGGUAAAGGGUUCUCCACUUACUUUCCUAUAACUUUCAUACAGUUCCAAUAAUUACUAUACUUUAGGUAUACUGUAGCUAAAUAGUUCUCACGUUCACAAAAUUUUUCUAUUUUCUUUGAUGCCACAGAUUCGCACUCGAAUUCAACAGAGAAUGGUUCAAGUUCUUCAAAAGGCAACCAUGAAUUGUCUAUACAAGAGGACGCACAAGACGACUUGAAUGAUCCGCCGAAGAAACGCAAACGCCGUGUACUGUUUACCAAGGCGCAAACGUAUGAACUUGAAAGACGGUUUCGUCAACAACGAUACCUAUCCGCUCCCGAGCGCGAGCAGCUUGCGAGAAUAAUCAACUUGAGCCCUACGCAGGUAAAAAUAUGGUUUCAAAAUCACAGAUAUAAAUAUAAGAAACAGAGCUUCGAGAAAGGAGGAAUGAAUGACGGAUCGCCCCUGUUUGCUCCAAGAACUGUACCUGUUCCUGUUCUCGUACGAGAUGGCCAACCUUGUUAUGGCACACCGGUUAAUAACUUUGGAUAUUUACGACACGAUCCAACGGACUUUUACCACUUUCCUCCUGUAUCAUCAUCGUACAUUGCUCCUACCAAUCCAUAUUGGAACUGGUAG